AUGAGACUCCUAUCCAGCCACGCCGCCCGCAUCCCCGGCCCUUCGGGCUCACUGUGCUUGCUGCUCGCGCUGCUGCUGCUGACGCCGCCAGGGCCCAUCGCCAGCGCGGGUCCUGUCGCGGUCAUAGUGAGAGAGCUGCGUUGCAUGUGCUUAACCACCACACCGGGGAUUCAUCCCAAAAUGGUCAGUAAUCUGAAGGUGAUCGCCCCAGGACCGCAGUGCUCCAAGGUGGAAGUGGUAGCCACCUUGAAGAACAGAAAGGAAGUCUGUCUGGACCCAGAAGCUCCUCUGAUCAAGAAGGUCAUCCAGAAAAUGUUGGACAGUGGAAACAAGAAAAAUUAA